UGGUCUCCUGCGGUGCUGCUGCGUAUACCACCUGUUGUAACGCAAAACCCAUAAAAAGCGUGGAAAGUUGUAGAGGGGCACUGCCUACCGUCGCCCCCGCUCUCUUCUCCUGGUCAGGAGAUUUCAAACCGUCCGUUAAAAUCUCACUCUUGAAGCCUGGAGCCGGUCGUUCGUUCUUGUGAGUCUGCGAUACAACUUGUCGCAACCUGCACGUUAGAAGCCGGAAGUAGGGAUUAAAGGCCCAAACGUGUUUUGUGCACCAGUGAUCUUAUUGUGUUGCUUGUGCGGUAUGGCAAAUACUGCGAAUACGUAAAUACUCUCGAGAAAAAUGAGUGAUUCUGGAGAUAAUCUCAAGUACAAGUGGACCCCGGAGAGCACGACGCUUUUGGUUUCGGUGUGGACCGACAAACAGGUACAGAAGCAAUUCUCCUACUCGACCAAGCCACAGUUGAUAUGGGAAAGUGUGGCCAGAUACAUGAAAAAAAAAGGAUAUAAUGUAUCUGCUAAACAAUGUCGAUCGCGAAUGAAGCACGUCCUUGUUUGCUAUCGGGAAGCAAAAAGAGCUGGGACGAGAGCUGGCGUCGAACAAUAUUAUGAGUGCAUCGAUAAGGUCCUAAAAAAUCGACGUUCGGACGGUUUGGACCCAGCUCAUGUCAAUGGAGUCGACACUGUAGAUUCAACAAGCGUCAUAAAAUCUCCACCAAAAGACGUAAAGACGAACAAAAAUCUCCAAAUGCGCUAUAAAUAUCAAGAGCCUUUAGAAUCUCUCUAUCGAACAGAAGCUCUCUCGCCAACGUGGGCAGCACCGAGAGAAGAAGACUAUCCAGACUCUCCAGAAUCUAAUGAAACCGUCCUUGCUCAGCCUUUUCGUGUGCUUUCUCCCGUACGAGAUGCUGCGACGAACACAAGGCAUCAAUUAGAUCAUCUCGCUAGAAAAUCUCUGCCACCGAAUGCUGUUCCAGUCAUGGAACCAGCCAUCCAAGAAACAUUCCAGCGAAAUACAUUCUCCAACAAUCGCUUUAGUGAGGUUCCUUUUCAAAACAGUGUCCAAAAUGUUCAUAAUCAAAUAAUCCAAGAAAAUAUGCAGCAAAAUCAAGCUCUCUUGCAUCAGAACAUGCUGCAGAAUCAGUUGUCGGACAACAAUUUGCUCCAGCUGAAUCCAACCACCUAUCGACAUAAUUUACUCAAUACGAAUCAAUAUGAUGCAUUGUACGCUGAUCAAGGAGUUCAAUGGAGAACAGGAAACGAUCAACUGCAAAAUUAUCCCUUAGCGAGUCAGAACCAAGCCCCGGAAAAUAUCUUACGAGCGCGAAACCUAUUUCAACAAAACCCUAUUAACAAUCAAGCGAUGCCACAGGAGCCACGCAAGCCGAGUUUCAGACAAAAUCUAGCUGCUAAUUAUCGACAGUAUCAGGAUCUUCGAGGUCUUCAAAAUUACGCUUCUAACAUGAAUCAGAAGGGACUUUUGUCUCCACGUUACUCGCCAGAAUUUGCUCCCAAUAUGAAUGAAGCCUUUUGCGAAACUGCGAAGGAAGAGAAGGCGCAUAAUUUAAACGAGACUUUCGAUCAGCGUUUGCCUGCCCAGAAUGGAAUGAAUCUUCCUAACAUUGAUGCUACGACCUUGACGAAUAAUGCUACUUUUAAUGAUGAUACUCUCUCGAUUGACUUUCUGCAAGAAUCCCCUUCUCCCUCCGAAGACGGAAUUCCGAAAAUGAAGGAUUUCGCGGUAAAUACUGACACUGAGACUAUGCCGAAUGCUCCCUUCAGGAAGAAGAAAGCACAGAAGUUGGAGCAGUUGAUGUUGAGUGCUAUUAGUUCUCAGAACGAUGUCGUUAAUAAGAUCCUUGCUGCACAGAACGACAUGGUCACAAAAUUCCUAGAUGUGGACAGAGAUCGUCAAAAUAGAUUAGAAAGUCGUUUGGAUCAUUUAUUAGACGUCGUGCAUGCAACCGUUUUAAACAAGACUCCCGAAAAAGAUUCAGAAACCGAUUCGGAAAUGCCACCUUCUCUCCCAGAGCCUCUCAUAACAAACCUCAAUCCUCCACCGAAACCGGGAGUCAUUCCUCCAAAGUUGGACCUCGUUCCGCCAAAACCCUGUCGAUUUCCCAGCACAUCUUAUUCCACCGCUCAAAUAAUUAAUCAAAAUACCGCAAUGACAAAGCCCGGAAUGGUCUCUCCCCCUCCGAAAAAACUCGGUUCGAUUUGGACGAAACUUGGUCCAGUCUCCCAGUCUCCUUUCGUCAAAGCCCAACAACAGCUCGGCUUCCAAACUAUUGCAAUUCGUGAAUCUCGCACUCAGUCUUCAGCUGAAAGACGCAUCAUAAACGACGUGAGAAUGAAUAUGGAUUCUAGAUGUCUGAUUGAAGAAACAGUGGCUUUCAUCGAGAACGAGAAGCAGCUUCAGGAGAAGAUUGAAAACGCUCGUCUUCAAGAAAAAAUGGGCCAGGCUCUCACUGCGAAAAAGAAGCUAUUCACGCAUCGCGAACCCACAGCCGCUAUGAUUUUAUCUGCAGCCUUUUUGGAAAGUGAGAUGCAGUAUCUCGAGCUUGUUGAGAAUGCCAGAAUUCAAUGUGGGAGUAAUGAAAUCACACAAAUGUGCAUGAGAUAUCUGCAUCAUAGGGAGAAGGAAGAUGACGAUCUUCUCGCUGGUCAAGGAGACAGUUAUGAUCGUUUGAGAAAACUGAAAUUGGACGAGAGGUUCAAAGACGAGCCCUGUGAUUCUUCAACUCCAGCAAAACCUUCGGCUCCUGGUCUAGACGAGCCUAAACAAACUAUUCAACAGCUGGCUCACCUCGUCAUGCAAAGUGCGAGAUGGAGGGACGUAGCUAAUAAUAAAGUGAGACCUUUUGAAGCUAAUGGGAAAGACGAGCCUAGAAGGGAAGAACUCAGAAGGGAUGAUUUUAUAACGGGGGAAAUUAGGAGAGAAGAGCUGCGAAAGGAAGAGUUAAGAAGGGAAGAACUAGAGACGAAAAUUCAAAGUGAAGAAAUGGAGAAGAGAAGAAGAGAGGAGGUUGCAAAAGUGGAAACUAGAAAGCCAAUCAGAAUCCAGCAAGAUGUCAAUGCUAGAACUCUCAAUUGGAUCCAGGAUCGAUAUUCUUAUGGCGAUGAGCUCACUAAGAAUCGAAGAAUUAAUCUGCCAGAACCGGGACCAUUAACGAAAGUUCGUCCGAUUGGUUUCAGCAUUGAUGGAUUGAACCUGUUAGAUUCAAAACCAGUGUACGAAAGAAGAGAUUACAAUUUUGCAAGGGCAGGUCUUGAUGACAGGAUUGGAACCAAGAAGCCGAAUGUUCACUUCUAUGAUGACAUGGGACCGUUUGCUCAAAUACAGCAAACUUAUGCCCAUCGUUAUUACACUUUGCAGAAUUCAAGGCAGAUUUUAAAUGAUAAUAAUGGGGCACUUGUUCCUAAGAAUCGUGAUAUGAUCGACAGAUAUAUGAAGGAAAUGGGUCCACGAAGAGGAAAGGAUGAUUCCGAUGAUGAAGAGUUUUUGGAUACUACUGCGAGCAUGCCUCCGGUUCCAGCUUCACGAAGAGGAUCUCUGACUUCCGAUGGAACUUCGAAAAGUGGAAAGGGAGGCUGUGUGAUAAGUUAAGCUAUCUUUUGAUAAGUAUCUUUUGUAGCUUGAUAAUAAGAUGACUGAUUUGAUUUUCUACGUACUAGGAAAGUUCAAUAUUUCGUUAAAUCAUAGAUACAUUCGUUUUAUUGUCGCUUCAAAAGGCGAUUUUUUUAUUCAGAUAAAAAAGAGAUUUUGGAAUUUUUAUUUAAAGUUUUUACUUCAGAUAAUUUAUGGUGCAAAAGAAGAAAAGCAAAAUUGGUUACAAUUUUAUAUUAGUGACGUGCAAUUAUUUUAACCAGCCUGCAAUCGUGAAUUAGAGAUAAGAGGCUAAGGAAUAAGUACAUGAGUACUUUUAUUUUGUUAUGAAUAUUGCAUUUUUUUUAAGGCGAACAAUUAAUUAUUGUUAUGCUUAGUUUUUUUAAAGCGUCACAGUAAAUUUUUUAUAGAAACUUGAUUGUUUCUAGCAAUAUUGUUGCAGUUAUCGUUAGAUAUCUGAUAAAAAUUAAUAUGCUCAAUAGCAGUUUACGUAAUGUUACAAAUAUAAUUAUAAUUUUUGAGAAAAUAGAAGUGAAGUGUGAUUAAACUUUAAUUUAAUGCAAUACUUAUACAUUCUUUUGCCAUGCCUUGUUAAACAUUUAUGAUGAAACAUUUAUACCGUAAUGAUGUAGAGGAGAAAGGUGAUCAAGUGCCUUGUUUAGUGAUAAUUUGGGAUCUCUAUUAUGUCCCUUUUUUGCGAGGGCUGAAGAAACUGCCAUAAGUAAGCAAGGCUUCCAUUUUAGUAUUAAAUAAUAUGUAAAGUUACGUAAAUAUGAACUAGAAAUUUUGUUAUACGAGAAUACGUGUGUAAUCAAUAAUUUUCUACUUGAUCUGUGGCGGAAAUAUUUCUCCCAAGAAUUUUUUAAAGUUACAUUUUUGGUUCUGCGAUAAAUUUCAUUAUAUAAUAAAUAGUUUUUUAAAAAAAUUCUUAUUGUUGAUAAAUAUUUGCAAACAAACAGAAACAUUUCAUCCAAAACUAAUUGAUCGCUAAGUGCCAUGAUAUUGUUAAAUAUUAUUGCGAGACAUUUUUUCUCACCGGAAAUAAAAAAUAGAAAUUUAAGAUUGCUGAUUUAGCAUUAAAGAAACGUGCCAGUGAUUCUGUCUCAGAUAAUUAUAGACAUGUGUUAUAUUCCCAUAUGUUCCUAUUUUACGAAUAAAGAUUUUGAUUAUAUCUACA